CGGAUGUUUAAUUUUUAUUUUUAGCUUGUCUGCUAUUUUAUUUCCAUUAGUUUGUUGAGCAUCGCGCCAAAAUGUUAGAUUUUGCAAGUAAAAUCCCGAAAAUUGUCUGCCCAUCACAAGCAAGGGGCCAUAUACAGAUUAUAUUUGGGCCAAUGUUUUCUGGGAAGACGACAGAACUAAUUCGUCGUUUAAGGAAGUAUCAGAUUGCUAACCAUAAAUGUCUGAUCAUAAAAUAUCCUCAUGAUACAAGAUAUAGUGAAAAAGAGAUAAGUACUCAUGACAAGCAAACUUUGGAUGCUGUCUCAGUUGCUACUUUAUCUGAUCUGAAGAAUCAAGCUGAAAGUUAUAGUGUCAUUGGAAUAGACGAAGGACAAUUUUUUCCAGAUGUAGUUACAUUUUCAGAAGAAAUGGCAAAUAUUGGCAAAAUUGUGAUUAUUGCAGCUUUAGACGGAACAUACCAGAGGAAGGGUUUUAUCAACACCCUACAGCUUGUUCCUCUAGCUGAAAGUGUUAUCAAACUAACUUCUGUUUGUAUGCUCUGUUUUGAAGAUGCAUCUUAUACCAAAAGAAUAGGAAAUGAAACUGAGCUUGAAGUCAUUGGUGGAACUGAUAAGUAUAUGGCUGUAUGUCGAAGCUGCUAUGAAAGUUCAUCAACUGAACCAGUGCAGGUGGACAAAUUAGCUACUCCAAACAACAUAGGUCUGUGAUAAGCAAAUGAGUCUAAAGUGUUUCAGUAUAAAAUAUUUUGAUACUGAUAUUUUAGUACAAAUGUUUCUCCCGGUUUAUGCAUUUUAUCUUCAUUAUGUUUUUGGUUCAAAACCAACUCAAACUCAUUUAUAUUUUCUUUGAUAUUUUAAUAUUGUAUGCACAUUGACUUUAGAAUAUUUCAUCUUUUUUGUAUAUAUUUUGAUAUGUGAGUAGUAUGUUUUAUAACCUUACAAAGGUCUCAAAGGACAGAAAAAAAAAACUUAUUGCUAAAAUUUAUUUAAUGUAUCUGUAAUUUCUUUUAUAAUUAUGUAUCUAUAACAUUUAAUGACUAUUAUUCCAUUGAUUAAUAAUGUUUAAAACAUUAAUAAUGCUUUAGAAAGAUUUUAUUGAUAAUUAGCUUUUAUUUAUUUAUUAAUAUCUGUAAAUGUCUUGAUAUUCAAAGUGAUUCAAUUCUGAUUUAUGUUGUCUUUCACUGCUCUAUGAAUUAUGCAUGCUGGCUGUAUAAAAUUCUUGUAUAUAUUUUAAUAUAUCUGCACACAAAUGAUAUUUUAUCUUAAAUUUACAAAGACUUAUAUCUGAUGGCAGAGAAAGAAUUUGCUUUAAAUCAAUUCCAGAGUUGGUUGUAAGGACUCAAAUGGAUGUAAAUAAUACUUAUUUUUUGGACGUUACAAAUUUCCGUAAAUUAAUAAUAUAUCCACGAAUCAAUAUAUAUUUAUAAAAUAUUAAAUAUUUUAGAAUUUAUUAGUGUUUUUGAAAGUUUUUUUUAAUCAUUUUAUCUUCAAUUCAUUAUAUUCAAUUCAUCAGUGUUUUAUUUAAAAAUAUGAUUAUAAUUUAUGAAAACCUCUCAAUGCUCUGA